UAAACAUAAACAGGAAGAGAAGACAAGGAGAAGAAAAAGAAAGAAGUAGAAGUAGGAGCAGCAGCACAUUCCUCGUGACUCGUGAGGUUCGUUACUAGCGUGUGUGGAUUUUAAAUCAGGUGCGACGCGGUGUAGAGAGUGGCGGUGGUGUCGCCGUGGCGGAAGUGAGAAUGACUUCGGACGGAGCAACGUCGGCGGCGACUAACCGGAGGAAGCCGUCUUGGAGGGAGAGGGAGAACAACCGGAGGAGAGAGAGAAGAAGGAGAGCCAUUUCGGCGAAGAUAUACUCCGGUCUUAGGGCGCAAGGGAACUACAAUUUGCCCAAACACUGCGACAACAACGAAGUCUUGAAGGCUCUCUGCGCUGAAGCUGGUUGGGCCGUCGAAGAAGACGGCACCACCUAUCGCAAGGGAUGCAGGGCACCAUAUCCAGGUGAUGGUGUAGGCACCUCCACCAGAAACACUCCUUUCUCAUCACAAAAUCCAAGUCCUCUUUCGUCGUCAUUUCCGAGUCCAAUUCCUUCAUAUCAAGUGAGCCCUUCCUCCUCCUCUUUCCCGAGCCCUUCUCGUUUGGAUGCAAACAACCCUUCAAACCUGAUUCCAUAUAUUCGGCAUGCGUUUCCUGCGUCUGUCCCUCCUUUAAGGAUAUCAAACAGCGCCCCUGUGACCCCACCCCUGUCCUCGCCAACUUCCAGAAACCCCAAACCAAUUCCCACAUGGGAUUCCAUUGCCAAAGCCUCCAUGGCAUCAUCCUUCAACCACAGCCACCAUCCUUUCUUUGCGGCUUCAGCACCGGCUAGCCCCACACACCGCCACCUUUAUGCCCCACCCACUAUUCCGGAGUGUGAUGAGUCUGAUACCUCCACUGUUGAGUCUGGUCAGUGGCUGAACUUCCAAGCAUUUGCCCCUUCUGUUUCUCCUGUGCCUAUCUCUCCCACCAUGAAUUUUAUCAAACCUGUUGUGAGUCAGCAGCACAAGCACAACCUCAAUCUCCCUGGUAAUGGAAUCCAAGAGAUGAGAAUUUCGGAGCCCGAAUUUGCGAUGCAGGUGAAGCCUUGGGUUGGGGAGAGGAUUCAUGAAGUGGGAUUGGAUGAUUUGGAACUCACACUUGGAAGUGGGAAGACGCCUGCUUAGGCUUAUGUCUGAGACCCCACAAAACACAAUUGUUGACUCGAUUUGGGAUGUCGAAAUUCAAGUAACUGUUAUAGUAAAUGGUCCAGCUCUCUUGCCGCAAGUAGCAGCUCGUAUGUAACCACCUCAAACUUGUUAUUGGAAUCGGGAAGUAUCAGAUGUCAUGGGCAUUUUAUGUUUACAGUUAUGUCCAAAACCAAAACUCUUCUUUUAUUCACUCUUUUUAACAUAUUAUUUUAAAGGAUUUUAAACAUAUAAACAAAUAGAAUAAGAAUUGUUAUUUUUUGUUUUUA